AGCUAAAACUCCGUGCAUGUUUCAUGCAAGCUUUCAGUUGUGGCUAAGAGCACGAUGGGGAUUCCAGACAUUCCAGCGAUGCUGAAGAUCUUCUCCUUAGCCCGCGAUAGAAGUCCAUGGAUCAAGCAGGAAGUGUUAUUUCUCACGCCAGUUUCCAUGGGAAGCGAUUGAUUGGAUGGUACAAUACUCGCUAUCAGCUUGCGAUCAGAAGAAGGUUCCAAGCAUGAGCAAGCACAAGCUAUCAACUCGUCUCUCCUUGCCGAAAAUACGGUGUCAAUGCAAAAGGCGUUCGCUAUGGACUCCGCCGACAGAAGUUGCUCGUCUCGGGAUUUCGAAAGGGACAAGGAUAUCAAUGAAAAGUUUCACUCGUUUUGCGCUCAGCAGCCGAGAACGUGGAAGUCAAGUCCGUCAGCCAGCCAGAGCUCUUCCAAUUUCUACUGGCACUGAGGAAAGGGACCGGCCAACAACGUAUAGGAUAAGCAGCUCUUGUGGGGUCUGAUUUGCGAGUCAAGAAACACACAGUGUAAUUCGAGGACGCCAGCGAAGACCGUCACGCGGGCCCUUGCUGAUGUGUAUGGAAGACAAUGGCAGCGGACAAAAGUACCGUGUAAAGAUUGAAGCAGAGAUAAGCGCAAGAUCGGGAUCACCUUAGUAGCAGAAGAGAUGUUCUGCCAACAGCGAUGUGGAGAAGCGUAUCAUGGCUUUCGACGAUUCUGCCCAUCUGGUUUCUUCGCAUCACGGACGGGGCAAGUGUUUUGGAGACUACAAGCUUGAUUGCAGCAGCUUCAGUGCUGGGCAUUGCUCCAGGGACAUGGAACUUCUCCACGGAUCCGUGUGUAGGGGGAUGGACAGGUGUAGGCUGCUGCAGAAACACCUCAGACGCUCUAUGCUGCGCAUUCCCGCAAAUCUAUCCGCCGACACCACCGCUGACACCGUGCGAGCGGACAGCAGACGCUCAAGUCUCGACUUUGAUCCUCCGGUCUGAUCUCUUUGGCAACCAGCUGCUCAAUGGCACUCUUCCGGAAGCUCUGUGCAACCUUACGUCUCUGAGGAUUUUGGACCUGGGCUUGCAGCGUCUGAGUGGUCAAAUUCCAGGAUGCAUUGGCAGCAGAUUGAGCGGCCUGCAAAUCCUCAGGAUUGGCGACAACAGAUUCAACGGGAGCAUUCCGGAAGAGCUAGGCGAAUUGAGAAGUCUCCAGCAGCUUUUUUUGGAUACCACAAACAUCUCGGGUCCCAUUCCUGCGUCUCUGGGAAGGCUGGGCAACCUCACGAAUCUCAACCUCCGGAGCAAUGCGCUCGAGGGUGAUCUUCCCGAAGAGAUAGGCCAGCUGAGCAACUUAAUCGAGCUCUCGCUUCAGGUAAACAGGCUUACUGGAAGUAUUCCUGAUAGCUAUGGCAACCUUACCAACUUGCAAACCUUCAGGCUUUUCAACAAUGAGCUCUCUGGAGGUGUCAGCUCGUCAGUCUUGCAAGGCAUGGCUUCUCUCACGGAUUUGAGCUUGAGGCACAACAGGUUUAGCGGUCCUGUCCCGGACUUUGGCCUCGACUCGAGGUUGAGCACGGUCGACUUGGGAUUCAAUGAAUUCUCGGGGCCACUGCCGGGUUCUCUUGGAGGUCUUUCUUCCUUGACAAGCUUGUUCAUCGGUCACAACAGGCUCAAUGGCAGCAUUCCGGACAACUUUGGUUCUUUUCCUGCGUUGACUCAACUGGAUAUCUCACACAACAUGCUCACCGGGUCCUUACAGUCUCUAGGAGGGAACACUCAGCUCACACAGUUAGAUGUUUCCUUCAAUUUUUUCAACAUCUCUAGCGCUCCAGCAUCCGUCCCGCCGCAGCCAAAUCUCGGCUCGAACGCUUACUUCAACUGCGUCCCUUCUGGUUCGUCUGGGACUUGCUCCAGCUCGCCUCCUGGUGGAAGGCUUUUCUUCGCUGUCAAUGCUGGUGGCAAUGGUUUAAGCAGCACUACAGGCAGCACGGUCCAGGUAGCAUUCGAUUCGGACGCAAAUCCAAACAUGGGAUUUUUCUAUGGAUCGGGACCAGGUUUAUGGGCUUUAGAGGUUUCCGGAAGUGAAGGUGGUACACUUCCGUUCCAAGGCUUCAUCAAUAUGACCGGUGCUGGGAAUACAGAGCAGGAGCUCUACCGAAGCAUGCGUUGGUCUUCCUCGUACAUCGCAUAUCACGGGUAUUCUCUAAGACCAGGGAACUAUACAGUGAUGCUCUACUUUGCCGAGCUCGUGUUCACGGAGCCGGGAUACAGGAUCUUCGACGUUGUCCUCCAAGGAAGAGUUGUGUUGGAGAACCUGGACAUUGCGAGAGAAGCUGGAGCUCGAGCAGCGUACGUGAUGAGUCGUAACAUCACCAUCAACAACAGUGGCAGUGUUUCGGUCGAGCUGGUUUACAGGGGUCGGGACAGGUACUUGGAUAUUGGUCCAUGGACGUUGAGAAACUCCGGCCCGAUUGUCUCGGCAAUCUCAGUCGUUUCGGUCGACUACAGGGGCGAGGUAGGAAACUCAACGUCUUUGAGCUCGGGCCAGAUAGCGGGUAUAGCACUUGGAAGUGGAGUAGCCUUACUCGUCCUCAUAGGGUUCCUUGUGUAUAUAUCCCGUAGAGGCAAAGGCAAGCGGGCUGGCAGAGCAGCUUCGACUACAUCAAGGCGUUCUACAGACCAGCAAGCCUCUUUCCUGGAUGCUGGCAUUUUUACGUACCAGGAGCUCCAUGAUGCUACUCAAGGUUUCAGUGACAAGCUCGGGGAAGGAGGAUUUGGAGCUGUGUACAAGGGGACACUCCCAAGCGGGACUGUUAUCGCUGUGAAGCAGCUCGUCAAGCACACUCAACAGAUUGAGGAUGAUUUCAAGCGAGAGAUUUCCAUCAUCAGCAAAGUCCGUCACCGGAACUUGCUGGCAGUGAUUGGCUACUCUCUUGAGUCGGACGUCCCGAUGCUCGUCUGCGAGUUUAUUCCCAAUGGGAGCUUGGAUAAGUGGCUGUUUCGUCGGCGUGAGAAUGCUCUGAGCUGGGAGGCUAGAAGAGCAAUCGCGAUUGGAGUUGCUUGUGGGCUUGCCUACUUGCACGACGAGUCCAAGCCGAGUAUCAUACACUUGGACGUGAAGCCCGGCAACAUCCUUCUCGACGAGGAUUUCAAUCCCCGGCUCGCAGACUUUGGGCUGGCAAGGCUGUACGACGAGAAGGAGUCUCAUGUUACGGCAACGAGAUUGAAAGGCACGGCCGGAUAUCUAGCACCAGAAUACGCCAUGCACCUCCAGCUCUCGGACAAAGUUGACGUAUACAGCUUUGGAGUGGUGUUGCUGGAGCUCUUGAGCGGGAGGCGUGCAGUGGAGCUCUCGGCUCCCUCGGAACAGAUCGUUCUUGUGGACUGGGCUCACAAGGAGGCCGAGAUCCCAGAUAACUUGCUGGACAUCGUGGACAGGAAGCUACAUGGGGACUUUGUGGCGGAGGAAGCCAGGGACAUGGCCAGCAUCGCCAUCCUUUGCACGCAACGCUCGGCGGCGCUGCGUCCAAAGAUGCAGGCUGUGUGGCUUAUGCUCACGGGAGCGGUCAAGGUUCCAGAGUUCUUGGAGAACUUGUCGGCGGUCCUUCCUUCUUCUUCCGGAGGAUCGACGAGCCAGAGCGUGAGCUCUGGGAACUUGGCGGAGUCCUCAAUCAGCGCGGCAUUUCGAUCUUUGCGAGUCUUUGGGAGGGUUGUGAGCCCGGACAAUUUUUCUUCCUCGAAGGCCGUGACACAGUAGAGGUUACAAGCUAAAGCUCCGUGCGUAAGCUCUUUCCUUUUUUUUUUCUUGGCUCUUUUUCGGUCUCUCAUUUCUCGAUUCCUCCAGCGAUCACGGACAGCAGAUUGUUGCCGAAAGGAUCACUGAGAUGAGUCGUCAAGUUCUCCACGGGACCCUCGCCAGUCGCGUAAGCUUGGAUGAAAAAUCCCAGCAUUGCAAACAUUGCCAAUCUCCCGUUUUUAAUCUCCUUUACUUUGAGUAGAGCGAAGUUGUCUGGGUCCUUUGCGAGGCCCAAAGGAUCGAAUGGACCUCCCGGGUGGAGCCUGUCCAAUCCCUGCCAGGUUCUCCCAAGUUGUUUCAAAAUCUUUCUAAAGAACUUUGGUUUCUUA